AACUUAUCCACGUAUAUUGAUUUAAAACCACAACUUCAAACUGUUUCUGCCAUCUUCCCUCCAAUUUCUCUUCCUCAAUCAAUCCACCGCCCUGUAAACAACACCCCCAACUGGCGCACGGUAGCCGACGUCCUUCGCUUCGCUUCCUCUUUACCCUCUCCAUGACUUCUCUAACUUCACCGUCAUCCAAACCAACCUCUGUACAACCGGGUCGGAUCCGGGUCUUGAAGGAAGGGUCUCAUUCACUAAGAAAUGGUCCCGUGGUGUACUGGAUGUUUAGGGAUCAACGGUUGAAAGACAACUGGGCUUUGAUCCACGCAGUUGAUCAAGCCAACAAGGCCAAUGUGCCCGUGGCUAUAGCUUUCAAUCUCUUUGAACAAUUCAUGGGGGCUAAAGCAAGACAACUAGGUUUCAUGCUGAAGGGUUUACGUCAAUUACAAAAAUGUCUUGAAGAUGCUCAGAUUCCUUUCUUCUUGUUUCAAGGAGUAGCUGAAGAAACAAUACCAAAGUUUCUUGGAGAAUGUAAAGCUUCACUUUUAGUUACUGAUUUCUCACCGUUAAGGCCAAUUCGAAAAUGCAAAGAAGAGAUUGGUAAGAGAGUGAGUGAUUCUGUGACCAUACAUGAGGUUGAUGCUCAUAAUAUAGUUCCUAUUUGGGUUGCAUCGGUUAAGUUAGAGUAUAGUGCUAAGACGAUUAGGGGCAAGAUAAAUAAACUGAUUCCUGAGUAUUUAAUCGACUUUCCAACUCUACAACCACCGAAUAAGAAAUGGGAUGCAAUGAAUAUGCUGAUUGAUUGGGACGGUCUCAUCGCCGAUGUUUUGAGGAAUGGGGCUGGUGUACCUGAAAUUGAAUGGUGUGAACCUGGAGAAACUGCAGCAAUGGAAGUAUUGAUGGGAAACAAAGAUGGUUUCUUGGCAAAAAGGUUGAGGAAUUAUUCUACAGACAGGAAUAAUCCUUUGAAACCCAGAGCUCUUUCUUGUUUGUCUCCGUAUCUACAUUUUGGGCAGAUUUCUGCACAGAGAUGUGCCUUAGAGGCACGAGGUUUGCGGAAACUUUAUGCUCAGGCAGUUGAUAUAUUUUUAGAGGAGUUGAUUGUGCGGAGAGAACUUGCUGAUAACUUUUGCUAUUAUCAGCCCAAUUACGAUACUAUACAGGGGGCAUGGGAAUGGGCAAGAAAGACCUUGAUGGACCAUGCCGCUGAUAAGCGAGAACAUAUUUACACGAGGGAGCGUUUGGAGAAGGCACAAACAGCUGAUCCUCUUUGGAACGCUUCACAGCUCGAGAUGGUUCACUACGGGAAGAUGCAUGGCUUUAUGCGCAUGUACUGGGCAAAAAAGAUUCUUGAGUGGACGACGGGACCUAAAGAGGCAAUUGAAAUAUGCAUAUAUCUAAAUGACAAGUAUUCAAUAGAUGGUAGGGAUCCAAAUGGGUACGUUGGUUGCAUGUGGUCGAUUUGUGGAGUGCAUGACCAGGGAUGGCGAGAACGACCUGUUUUUGGGAAAAUUCGAUAUAUGAACUAUGCUGGAUGCAAACGAAAAUUUGAUGUCGAUGGAUACAUUGCUUACAUCAAGAGGCUAGUGGGUGAAAUCAAGAAGAGAAAAGCAGAAAGCCCGGUGGGAAGAAAGACAAAACAGCUGCGCGGUGAGUAAAACUUCUCGCAGUCUGUCUGUCUGUUGGAUCGAAAUGUGAAAUUAGAGGUUGAAGGUUAGAAAAGCAGUAGAGAUGUUGAUUUUGAUCUCUAUUGGACCCUAUAUAGAAUCCAAAGACUGUUGAGGGGUAACUAAUUAUUACUGCUAACCUUUGUAUUUGAAAUUACAAUGACUGGACGCCAUGCUAGGCUUUGUUGUUUGCAGGUUUAAGCUUCAUUUGGUUAGGAAAUGAAAAUAGCGAUUAGGUUGUGUGGGCAUGGAUUGUUUUAUCCAUAUUUGCAUGGAUGCUGAAAGUAUUAUGGAUGUAUUAAAUAUGAGUGUUUACAGUCGGUUAA